AUGUCAACCACAUCCUCCAGUCAAAUGCCGGCCACCACUGGCUACACACCAGGCCCCGUGCCAUGCCAACCCAACAGCUUUCCUGCCCCUCUCGAUUACGCUGGCAUGAAUGGCACUGUCUGCGCAGUCUCGAUACAUCCAGCAACUUUCAAUAUCACCCAGUGUUGCCGUAGUGCAGUACGUGUGGUUGACGAUUGUACGCAGUACUGCGAGACCAAGAACCAAGGCAACCAGGCAGUGGAUUCUAAUAUGUUCUCCAACUGCGUCCAGGCAGGUAACAAUGGGACUUUUGUCAGCAGUAUGUGUGGAGAGUACAUGAAUGGUACCGGCGUCAAUGCUUCAUCGCCUGAGGCGCAGACCAACACCGGCUCGAGUCUGGGCUCUUCCUUGGGUUUGAGUAGUGCUGGAGGCCUGGUAGUGUCACUCACGCUUCUGGCUGUGGGUUUCCAAGGCCUGUGGAUGUAA